AUGGAGGGCUCGAAAGGAGAAGAAGCGCAGAAACAGCAGGAGUUUGUUUUGGCUUCCAUUUCUGAGCUUGCGUCGUCGUCGUCUUCUUCUUCUUUGACGCCUGCGGUUGCUCGGUUUAGUUCGGAAGACGGAGUUGGAAAGCUUCGAUUUCAGCAGGAGGCUGAGUCCGAUGCUCGCGUCAAUGUCGAUCUUCAAACUGCUCAGCUAUUCAAGUUAGGCCCCGUGCAGUCAGUUUGCAUAUCUGAAGGUUCUGAUACGGGCACAGAGAAAUUGUUUUCAAGGGGAGUCACUAUCCAUUUUAAAAAUGAGGAGGAGAGCGGAGCCUUCCAUAAUGCAUUUGAGCAGUGGAAGAAGGACUUUAUUGUUCAAGGAAAGAAACUACCAAAUGGAGAAAUAUCAUCUUCCAAAAGCAAGUUUGAUGAUAAAAUAGAGCCAUCUUCUGCUAAAAUGUAUUUCCACUACUAUGGACAAUUGCUACAUCAACAGAACAUGUUGCAAGAUUAUGUUAGGACAGGAACCUAUUAUGCUGCAGUAAUAGAAAAUCGUGUGGAUUUUACGGGUCGUGUGGUGGUUGAUGUUGGUGCUGGUAGUGGUAUUUUGUCAUUAUUUGCUGCUCAGGCUGGUGCUAAGCAUGUUUAUGCUGUGGAAGCAUCUGAAAUGGCAGAAUAUGCUCGCAAGCUAAUUGCAGGGAACCCUUCACUGGGUCAAAGGAUAACAGUAAUCAAAGGUAAAGUUGAGGAGGUUGAAUUGCCUGAGAAAGCAGAUAUUCUUAUCUCGGAGCCAAUGGCCAAAUGGAAAAUGUUCCCUACACUAGGAAGGAUACACAUGGCACCUUUCAGUGAUGAAUAUUUGUUUGUUGAAAUUGCAAAUAAGGCCCUCUUCUGGCAGCAACAAAAUUAUUAUGGUGUUGAUUUGCAACCGUUGUAUGCAUCUGCAUUCCAGGGAUAUUUUUCACAGCCUGUGGUAGAUGCUUUUGAUCCAAGAUUAUUGGUGGCUCCUUCAAUGUCUCAUGUGAUUGACUUUACCAAAAUAAAUGAAGAGGACUUGUAUGAAUUUGAUAUACCAUUACGGUUUGUUGCUGCUGUAGGCACUAGAGUGCAUGGGUUAGCAUGCUGGUUUGAUGUCUUAUUUGACGGGAGUACUGUACAAAGGUGGCUUACCACUGCGCCUGGUGCACCAACAACUCACUGGUACCAAUUACGCUGCGUUCUCUCUCAGCCCAUUUAUGUAAUGGCAGGACAAGAAAUAACUGGCCGACUUCACAUGAUUGCCCACAAUGCGCAAAGUUACACAAUAUAUCUUACAUUGGCAGCUAAAAUGUGGGGGCCUGGUGCUGAGCAGGGAGGAAUAAUUCAGGAAUCCUCUUGUAAACUUGAUCUCAAAGAGCCAUACUAUAGAAUGUCCCAACCACAAGCCUAUACAAUAACCCAAGAUCAGCAACCACAUCAGCAAAUACAGGCACAGGAUAUACCAAUUCACUCCCAGGAUUUCGAAGAUUCAGAAUUUAUUCCGCAACCAUCACCAAGUUCUGGCGUAAAGAUGACACUGGCAGAUUUUGCUAGAUCCACUGGUUCGUUGAAAGACACUUUAUGA